UGACUUGACACAUUGAGAAACAUGUUUGACAUGAAAUAGCUAACUGUUGUAAUUAUAUUAUAUGUUUUUUAUAAUUUGAUAUUAAUAAAAUGAUAUCACGAAAAGGGCAAAAAGCAAUUAAUGAGGGUGUUGUUGGAAAAUACAUAAAAAAGGAUACACCGCCAGAUUUACCUAUUAUAAAUGUAUGGACGACAAGCCAUAAUCGAAGACCACGCAGUCAGCCAUUUGGCGCCAGUGAUGGAACUUCACAGACUCAUGAAAAUAAAUUUGGCAAGGCACAGACCAUGAGUGGUCAUGCUGGAAAAUAUACACCUAGUGAAUCAGUUCCAAAUUUGGCACACAGGUUUGCAUAUCUAUCAACUGGAAGCAGUGAUACAGCUAGUACUUCAAGCAAUUAUAAUUCACAGUACCACUUGGAGUCAUCAAACUUGGCUUCACACUCAACUCUAAAUGAGAUUGAUGAUUCAUUUAGUAGACAAACUAGCUAUAGAUAUUACAGACAACAACAGGAAGAUCCCAUAUACCAGAAUCAGCAACAGGUACAACAACAAAAACAACAGCAGUAUGGGUCAAGGGAGCCCAGCAUGCCAAGAUUGUCUUCCAACCUCAGUCUUACGCCAAGAUUACACCCACCAUCUCCACAUUCAAUUCGUUUACACACCUGCACAGAUACUUACACAUCAGGCAGCCAGUCAUCUCCAAUUUACUCAAAUUAUGUCAAUACCUCUGUUAUUCCUUAUACUAAUAAAAGUCAUGGAAACAAUAUAAUCUCUACCAGCCAAGGUUCUGAUGAGUGUGAGUUGCCACUACCUCCGGGGUGGUCUGCGGAUCGUACCCUGCGUGGACGUCGCUACUAUAUGGACCACAAUACUCAGACUACUCAUUGGACGCAUCCGCUCGAAAGCGUGCCGCGACCAUGGCAAAGAGUUUCCACGCCUCAUCACGGUGUCUAUUAUUUCAAUGAGAUAACUCAACAAACUACAUACGCACAUCCAUGUUUAGUAGGUGGUUGCUACUUAGUCAGUCCUUACGUGCCUACACUCGUACCACCAUACCUGCUGGAGGAGAUUCCCCAUUGGCUCAUUGUGUAUUCAAAAGCGGACCAAGAACUCGACCACAAACUACGCUGGAACAUGUUUCGACUGAGUGAACUAGACUGCUACUCUGAUAUGUUGACGCGCUUGUACAAACAAGAGCUGCAACUAAUCGUCAUGAAAUAUGAGCAGUAUAGAUCUGCUUUAUUACAAGAAAUAGAGAGACGACGACAUUCAAACUGACUUGAAAUAAUCAUUAAUCAUUUGCCUUUUAAAGCUGUGAUCUUAAUGAUAAGUAAAAAUGUGACACAUUUUAUAUCCAAGCUAUUAAAUUAUUACAUGUCUAACAUAUAUUCAAUGGACAUUAUUUUGCAUAACAUUCUAUAAAUACCUUUUCUAUGUCUAUAAGAUAGAUAUAGUUAUUAUUUCUAAUGGAUUAUGUAACUGUGAUUUGUUGUUUCUAAUAACAAAAUGUAUGUGUUAUUUUGAAUUAAGAGUGCGCAUGAUCUUGAUGGGAAAAUAAAAUUAAAUCGCGAGGCCUGACUGAAUGCGAAAUGAAGAGCCAAAAAUAUUUUUAUAAAUUUACUGUUUAAAUCCAUUUCGAUUAUAUUAUGACGAAUUGCUCAUGUAACUUACUAGGCCUUGGCGCCAACUUAUAUAUUUAUCAAUAUUCUCCAUUUAACUAUUAUAAAAAAUUACGAGAAGACGUUUAUCUGUGCCUUAGUAAAUAAUUAUUGUUGAGAAAUUUUACAUUUUAGCCCAGUGUAUUAACUUAGGAUAAUGUAGUUUCCUUAUUAUUAAUUACAGUUUAUUGCGACUUUAUUUCAUUUGUUAACAACCACGACUUAUGUCGUAGAAUGUGGAAGAUUUGUAUACGAUUUUGGUACUGAUAAGUAUCACUUGUCAACAAGACUGGCCCAUCCAUAUAGGCAAACUAAGCAACUGCCUAGGGCUCUUGGGUUUGAGGAGCGGUAUGGCAUGACAAACAGAUUGUUUGCUCUAAUUUUAACCUUAAAACAGAUGUACCUUUUGAAAAAUACUUUUGUCAUUAUGAGUCCAUGUCCGCAGUAUUGAAAAAUACAACAUUUUCAGAUCAACAGUACCUAAGGAGUUUCUUUACACAUAAUACUUUGGGUCAUUCUCGAUUUUUUCGCCAGCCCUAGCAAUACAGCCCAAGUACUUCUACUAUACCCUAUUAUAGUAGAAGUACUUAUUACUGUAUUGCUUUCAGGUACAAUAAAUUUUGAUUGGGAACACUUUUUGUCCUUGCCACUCCGUACUACAUUCAUUUUGAAACUGCUUUUCUUUUGCAUCAGAAAUUUUUUAAUGUUCUUUCUGGUGCCCUAAGACCUUAUGCUUCAGGCAUUAUAGUUUGUUAAACGGCUAAUCCGUCACUGGUAUUGACACAACAAAAAAAUCAUGCAUUCUCUAUCAAAUGAACAACCCAAUGUCUUCAACAAUCUUCAGAUAAAUUGAAAUAAUGAAAUAAAAAUAUUAUUAAUACGC